UUGAGGAAUAUCCUAUCAGCAAAAAAUACUACAAUAUUAAUAUCUGUUGUGAUAAUUGGAAAUAUUCUGGUGAUAUUAUCUGUUAUCAUUUAUCAACGAAUGAGAACAUUUACAAACAAGUUAUUGAUGUCACUUGCCACAGCUGACCUUUUAGUUGGCUUCUUUGUAAUGCCUUUGUCGUUACUAGACUUAUUACUUGAUCAUGCCUGGCCAUUUGAUAUGUUACUUUGUAAAGUUUGGUCAACAAGCGAUGUUCUCUUCUGCACUGCUUCCAUACUUAAUCUUUGUGUUAUAUCGAUUGAUCGAUAUUUAGCCAUUACUAACCCCUUAAAAUAUUCUAGAACAAGAAAUCGUAAAACAGCUGCUUUGUUAUUGGGCUCUGUUUGGCUAAUUUCAUUUGUUGUGUGUAGUCCACCACUAAUAUUUCAUAUUGAUGAUUAUGCAAUAGUUAUUCCAUCGAAAGAUACUUCUUACACGUCUUCUUCGUGUUUGCAAACAAUCGUUUGUGGUUACCCUAAUGGCCUUAUUUAUCGAAUAUAUAGUUCCAUGGCGAGCUUCUUUAUUCCACUUCUGCUAAUGUGUUCGAUAUAUUAUAAGAUAUUCUGUGUUGUUUCAAAACGCGAGAAGAUGUUGAGGAAAAACGUCAAUCUAGUGUCGUAUAAGACAUCUCGGGAAAGUUUAAAAACAAUUUAUUUUUAUUUUUUGAUUUACAACCUAUAUAGUCAAAAGUUCCUAGGUAAAUUGUUUUUAUGCAUUCAAAACCGCUUAAGUGCCGACGAUGGAGCAGUGAUAACAUUAGCCAAACAAUGUUACUUCAAACUACAACCUCGUUGCUUCUUGGCUAGGACUCACGUCCCCUAUCACACGUGUGGCCCUGGAAAAUUUUCUCGACAUUCCAGAGAGAAAAUUCUUUACAUUAAGGAACGUAAAGCUCUAAAAACAAUUGCCAUAUUAUUCUUUGCAUUUACAAUAUGUUGGUUACCAUUUUUUUUGCUUUAUCUUUUUGAAUUGUUGCUGAGUCAUUCUAAUGCGCUCAUUUCCGUAACGAAAGAAGUGUUUCUAUGGCUAGGAUAUUCAAAUUCUGUGUUGAAUCCAAUAAUUUACACGAUGUACAAUAAUGAUUUUCGCCGGUGUUUUCGUGAUCUAAUAACAUUUGGAUUUUUAAAGCAGCGACGAUCAAUGAGUAUUCGUAAACUUCAUCAGCAAAAUAAUUGUUGA